AUGGAGAACCGAAAGCUCGCCAUCUGCUUCCUCCUUUUCUCCACCCUCCUCUCUCUCUUCCCCCACUUCGCCGCAGCGGAGCCGUCGAAGAACAUCUCAGCCGUCUUCGCCUUCGGCGACUCCACGCUGGACGCCGGCAACAACAACGACCUCUCGACCCUCGUCCGAGCCGACCAUCCACCCUACGGCCGUGACUUCCCCGGCCAAGUCCCUACCGGGAGGUUCACCAAUGGCAAGCUCAUCACCGACUUCCUGGUGUCCUCCUUAGGCCUCAGGGAUGUCCUACCAUCCCACUCCGACCGCAGUCUCGCCAUGGCCAACCUAACCACUGGCGUUAGCUUCGCCUCGGGGGGCUCUGGAUUGGAUGAUCUCACCGCGACCACGUCAGGCGUGACGACCGUCGGGAGACAGGUGGCGAACUUUGCGGCGUACAUCGAAAGGCUGGAGGCGGCCGUAGGGAACGACGAGGCGAGUAGGAUAAUAAAAGAUGCGAUGUUUGUGAUUGGUGCUGGCUCUAAUGAUAUGAUGAUGAACUACUACAUACUUCCAGCCAGAAGAAUGACCUUCAGUACUGUCUCUAGUUACCAGAGGUUCCUCCUUUCUCAGCUUCAGAAACUUGUCAUGCAAUUAUCCAACAUGGGAGCAAGAAAAUUCGCAAUAGCAGGCCUUCCACCGGUUGGUUGCCUUCCGUUACAAAUCACUAUGGAAGCCAUGCGAUCAAUUAGUACGCCCACAUUACAACGCACUUGCAUCAUCCAACAGAAUAAUGAUGCCAUGGCAUACAACACAUUGCUCCAAGACACCAUCCACAGGUGGAACAAUACAUUACCCAAAUCUAAGUUUGUCUAUGUGGAUAUAUACAAUCCAUUGAUGGAGAUGGUCACAAAUCCUCUGAAAUAUGGUUUUACAGAGACAAAUUUGGGUUGCUGUGGAACUGGUUCCAUGGAGAUGGGACCAUUAUGCAACCCCCUUGUUCCAACUUGUCCCUUUCCCAACAGAUUUAUGUUUUGGGACUCCGUCCAUCCAUCACAGGCAACAUACCAAGCUCUCGCCAAACAAUUCAUGGAAACUGUGAUGCCAGAAUUUCGGAAGUAA